CUCCGCGCGUGCAGCAUAUACCGGCACCGAGAGACGGAGGGACGAGAAAGGGGGAGAGAAAGCGAGAGAGGAGCAGAGGAAGCGUGCGAUUGGGAAAACCCUUCGUGGUGGCGAACCAAAAUGACAGAGAUCGGCCGGGUCAAAGUUCGCGAAACUUUUAAUCAACAAACUGCAAAGUCGUAAACCAACAAGAUGCAAAUAAAGUUGAAGCAUAAGUUCGCGCUAAUAUUAAUGUUCAACGAUUGCUAAUUCGAUGUGUAAAAAAAUCAUUGCGACAGGGUGAAAUGUAAGCUGGUUAAGCGGGAGUGAUUUAUUCGGAUAAUCGAUGCAAUGCCCCGAAUUUGAAGCGCUGUCAUCGCCUUCCAAGUGGCUCCCCUUAACUCGCCAUUCGCUAUCGGUUCUCAAGGAUAUUUGUGGAUUUUUUUCAGUGUUGAUCACCCACCCCUGUUCGCAUAUCUCUCGCGGUAUCGUAACCCCUCGUCUCAUCUUUAAAAUGUGCGGUUAUGGUAGCAACGGCUGAACCAGAGUGUCAGGAUACGUCCUCCCUUGGAAGCCUGACGCGUGCUCCACUUCCUACGAUUUUAAACACCGAGGUGUACGAGGGGCGGUGGUGGCGGCGGUGGCGGUUUAACGCGCAGACCAAAAGCCGUCUCGUACCAUUCGCUGAAUUCUCUCGAUCCAGGAGGAGAGCAGUAAAAUUGAUGUGGCCAACAGACGUCGUGUAACAUGAAGACUGAUCAUCUGCCAAUAUUCACUGGAGUAUGUGCCCAGCUGAUAAUUCUCGGUCUCGUUGUUCGGGUCGAGCCAUUGGACAUACGAUCAUGUAACUCGGUGCUUGGAAUGGAGUCCGGAAGGAUUCCGGACACGGCCAUCAGCGCCUCAUCCUCGUAUGUGACGAACGUUGGUCCGCGAUACGGACGUUUACGGAAAGAAACUGCCGGCGGUGCGUGGUGCCCGAAGCGGCAAAUCGAAAGUGGAGUACGCGAGUGGCUCCAAGUCGAUUUCGGCAACCCCCACGUCGUUACGGCCGUCCAAACGCAGGGUCGCUACGACCAUGGACGUGGACAAGAAUACGUCGAGGAAUACACCAUCGAAUAUCGGAGACCCGGCUUCGAGGAGUGGCGAGAAUACAAACGCUGGGACAGCAGAAAGAUCUUCGUCGGUAACAGUGACACCUCUACAGUCGUUUCUCACGAGCUCGUGCCACCUAUAUUCGCCAAUGAGAUACGAGUUCUUCCGCACUCGAUUCACAGACGUACAGUUUGCCUGAGGAUCGAGCUCAGAGGCUGCAAAGACGAAAGCGGCGUCGCAAACUACACAAUACCCGAAUCACCGGUCGAAGAACUUGGCGACGUCUCCUACGACGGACGGAGAAUCGAUGGCGUCUUGACUGAUGGACUCGGUCGCCUGAUCGAUGGCGAAACCGGUGCUGAUAAUUACAGACUCGACAUUGGCUACGGACGAGGCACUGGAUGGGUUGCCUGGAUGAGGGACAGCUUCAGCGACGACUGGGUCGAUCUCAUCUUCGAAUUUUACGACGUUAAGAUCUUCGAUGCCGUCCAUAUUUACACGAACAAUUACUUCUCUCGUCACGUCCAGGUAUUCUCCAGAGCAGAAGUCUCUUUCACGGAAGAUAACGAAUUUUAUGAGGACGAUGAACCACUCUCGUAUUCCUACAUACCUGACAUUGUGCUCGAGAACGCUCGUAACGUUUCGAUCGCUCUGCACGGACGUAGGGCGCGGACGAUCAAGCUUCGCUUGUAUUUCGCUAAUCGAUGGAUCAUGAUAAGCGAGAUCAUCUUUGAAACGUCCAAUCCGUAUGAAAACACCACUGUGGAUAGUGGAGCUGCGGACACUUCGAAUGGACGAGGACCGACGAACCCACAAUUGGAUCUCAAUUUGCAAACGAUAACGGCUCGUGAGGAAGAUCAGGAGUACGUGCAAGUGCUAAUAGGCGUAUUAACGGCAAUCACGCUUCUAUUGUUACUCGUUUUCGUAAUUAUUUUGCUACUGAGCCGACGUCACAAGCUCCAGAGCUCGCCAACCGUAUUAAAAAAUCCAUUCGGCUUCGCCGUUAACAUGAAGGACAUUCUUCUCAAUCUCACGCCGAGCAGCAUGCUCAACGACAAUGGACGCGCCUCGCCCGAACCUCCCGAGGAAGAUGCCAGUAUCCACGAAUCUUUGACGAUGGAACAAUUCGAUUCACCGCUCGUUGGAUCACCUUACAAAGCUACUUACGCAGCCGUCGUUAAUUCUGAUCCACCAAAAGAAGUAAAUACCGUUGAAAUACUGGAGCAAGAGGCAAGUCCCGGACGAACGGAUUCCAGAGGAGUUAAUUAUCCGGUUCCGGGACCGGCGAGCAGUUCUUCCUCACCGGCAUGUUCACCAGCUCGACACUCCCAACAUUACAGAACGCUUCAGCUCCAUUCGAACAGCUCUGCGAGCAGACCUAGUACGACGUCAAUCUCUUCGAAUUAUCAAAGAGACUCGGUCGAUCCUGCUAACUCGAAACGAUGGCACACUGCCCCCAAAGAAAAGCACAAGGUACCCGCACCGAUCGUAAGCUGGAAUAUAGCCCCCAGCAUGAACAAACCGUACAAGUGCAAGGAGAUUGAACCCACAGAUAUUCCACGCGAAUGUUUACGAACCGUGGAAAAACUCGGGUCGAGUCACAUAGGCGAGGCAAUAAUAUGCGAAUCCGUAUCACUGGACGAGGUGGUAACGGGCGCAGGCAGGCUCGUCGUGGCAAGAAUCCCCUCGACGAAUACAGAGCGUGCAAAUUCUGCUCGUACGAGCGAAACGAUGCGGGAGGUCCGGUUUCUUUCCUGCCUGAGUGAUCCAAAUAUUGCGAGAAUUUUGGGCAUUUGUAAUGCCACGGAGUCGUCACCUUGCUGGACUAUUAUGGAGUACACGGAGCUUGGAGAUUUGGCACACUAUUUGCAGUACAGCGUUCCCCUCACGGGAACACUGAGGCCAACUUGCAAUCUCAAAGCCCUCAGUCAAAAUUGCCUGUUGUAUAUGGGUGCGCAAAUAGCAUCGGGGAUGAGAUUUCUCGAAUCGAAGAAUCUCGUUCACAAGGAUCUGGCAGCGAGAAAUUGUCUCGUCGGACGUUGCUACAGCGUGAAAGUGACGGACAUCGCAAUGUGCAGCGACCUUUACAAGAAGGAUUACAGUGACAUAGGUGGCAGACCACCGGCGCCAAUUAGAUGGUUGCCGUGGGAAAGUGUACUUCUCGACAGGUACACAUGCGCCAGUAGCGUUUGGUCUUUCGCUGUUACGCUCUGGGAAGUGAUGUGUCUCGCACGUGAGAAGCCGUUCCAGCAUCUUACGAACGAGCAAGUUAUACAGAACGCAGAGGUCAUGUAUUACGGUGGAGAAUUACAAGUUUUACUGCCAAAGCCAACAAUGUGUCCGGAUGAGGUUUACAGAGUGAUGUGCUCCUGCUGGAAGAGAGACGAGACGACGAGGCCGAGUUUCAAGGACAUCGCUGCCUUCAUGAAAAAGAUUAUCGCCGAUUAUCGUCCCACGGCAUAAUCUCCUGCUCGACUGUGAUAUAUCAAACAAACAAAAUAAAUGAUGAAGCCCGAGAAAAGGCGCGUGUAAACACCACAGCCAUAUUUUUCCCUUCGUUCUCCAUUCGUACCUCCUCUUUUCGGGGCUUCGGUAUACCGAAACGCGAUCGACUAACUGAGCGAAAAGACAGAAAGCUACUCGAAAAACGAUCGCCGAACUAAAAAUAUGAAAAAUUAUUUCAUAUACGGACUAGAAAACGAACGAAAUAUCCGUUUCGACAGAUCAAUGUGUGGAAGGAUGUACAAUCGUUAGCUCUUAAGUCGAAUUAUAAAUUACUCAAGUUAUCCAACGAAACGGAGAUUGAUACGACGAAUGAAAUAUACGCAAAUACAUAUUUCAUGUAUACGGUGUUGUCGCGGAUUUUCGUAAAAUUUAAGAUGCUUCGCACGUACAGUCUCAGCCGAAGAUAUUCGUUAGAAGCAAAAAAAAAUCUUUUCUACUCAAAUGAAACAAAUUUCUGAGUCGAUAAAAAGUUUCACACCGAAAAACAUUUUUUUUCGGUUCAACAAAAAGCUUCGAACAAUUUUCUGGUUUUGCUAAUAUCUAUUUUCUGUUGAAUAAUAAAACGAUAAAAAUACAUUAACGAAUCGCUGGAAUUCGACAAAUAAUUGGCCAGUUUUAUCAAAUUUUUUUUGUGCUUUCUUCUCAUAGUUUUAGAAUUUUUUCAAAUUGCUGUUGCUUAUUCGAUGUUACAGCAAAAAAUGUUAGACUCGAGUUUUUUUUCAAUUUCUUUACUUCUGUGAUGAGAAAGCCAACAGCGUUUCAUGAAUUGCGAUAUUCCCAUGGAUAUUAGUACAAUUGAACAAAAUGUAAAAAAAUAUUGCUGUAAUUGUGAGAAGCAUCCUUAAAAAUGUGCAGGAAGUACACUCGACUCUGAACUCACCGCGUGAGUUGAUUUUCUUCAAAUUUUCUCUAUUUUCGUUCGAAAUUUUAAAAAUCCGGCUCACGUCGCUGGGCGUGAAUGAUUUACUUGUAAAUAGUCGAGAAGACGACCGUAUUUUUCGUUUUUCUCAAACAAAGCGUCACUUACCUCAACCCUUUAUCGAAAAAUUAGUUUACAUCAAUGAAAAGUGAGGAGAGAAACAUUUUUUUCUAGACUCGACUGUACCUUCGUUUACAAAACGCGAGGCACAAGAAUAAAACAGCAAAUCAUAUUAAUAACGUGUAUUAUUAAAACAAUAUUCAAGACUCGUUCGGCGCAGAAGGUGAAUAAAAAUGGAAUGAAAAGUGACUCCCAUUGCACGAGAAUAAGUCACAUUACGAUUCAAACUUCUCGAUCUCAAUCAAAAUUUUAUUUCAUUCGUCACCAUUCACAACAAAAUAAGUGGAACAAGAAAAAACAAAAGUCGAAAAAUCCAUCAUUCGAACGCAUGAUCCCAUCUCUCCAGGAUUCUCAAUUCACUUAAUUUCACUCAGACUUUAAACUUUACCAAUAACUAAACUAAAAAGUCCUAAAUUAAACAACAUAACAGUGAACGCAGUGGCCAGCUGUUGUAUGAAAGAAAGUUCUAGUCAGUUCGAUCACGUGUUAUUUCUACGAAGAACGAGUGAAGACGUGCAAUGGCAUGAUUUUAAAUUGAAAAUAAAAAAUAUAUAUACAUAUAUAAAUAUGAAGAAACCGAAAUCAAUGUACAGUAUUGUUAAUGUUCAUAACGACCGAGUAAUAGAUGUACGACUAUAAAUUAGAUAUAUAUAAAUAUGUAUAUGACCUACGAAUAUUAGUAUCACGUAAAUCCGCCGAUCUGUAAAUAUAUAUCGUACGAUAGAUUAAUUACGUUAUCAAGAUGAUUGCUGGUAUCAUCUUCACACUGUGAUGCAUCUCUCACCUCAUUAUCUUAUUUUAUUUCUUCUUUUUCACUCACUUGUUUGAUCUUUUUUUUUUUAUGUAUUUUUGUGUCAGCGAAAAAGGUUUGUCAAACGAAGCCAUUUUCGGGUUCAUAUAUUUCGUGAAGAUUUUUACCAGUGAUCUCUGGUUGUACUAAAACUCUUACAGUACAAUUUAUUCCAGACAAAUCAGACUCGAAACAACCACGAAGAAAUGUACGACUGGACACGAUAUGUAACGACUCACAUAUCUUAGAUUUUAAUAUAUUUAUCGGUUCCUCAACGAAAUAAAGAAAAUUUCUGCCAAUUUGUUGUUGUUGUUUUUUUUUUUUUUUUUUUUUUUCAUUAUUUGUCGAGCUGAAGAUAAACGUUCUUGACUCUUCGUUUUUUUUUAAAUAUUUUUUAAAAACUUUUUUUAAAAUUUGUUGCGAUUCCAUCUGGGACAAAAAUGAAGUAUUUCCGGUUUUUCCUUUUCCGCGCCUCCCAUGCUCUGUUGAUAAUGUUGUGGGAUGAUGAAAAUAAGUCAGCCUGUAAAUUUAUGUGUAUGAAAUGAAAUUGUACGUGAAAUCUCACACUCAGAGCCCAAAUCGUUGCUAUUUUUUCUUCAAUUACUAAUUACAAGUGGCAAAAAUGUUCGAGGACUCAUUUCAAUCGGGGGAAAAUGUAUACAAUUGAGUUGUACGAGUAAUUGCGUAUGUACAGUCGAAAUUAUCGACAUUCUGGUCUCGAACGCUCGGACAAAAGUGAUAAGAGUGUUGAAAAAUUCUUUUGGACUGAGAAAAAGCAAGAUAAACGUUUAUUGAUGACAGCCAACAAUUGUUUCGUAUCAGAAUUUUCCCGAGGAACGAUGGAAAAUAGUUAAAUGAAGAUCGACAAUUAGGAACUGUGGAUAUUCGAUCGUGGAAAAACUAUUUAAGGCUCCUCAAAAAAACGAUCUUCAGUUAAACUGCAAUCAUUGAUGAUCGAACUCUUGAAAUCGAUCAAAAUCUCGACCAGCGCGAAAUGCGCGUACACGUAAACAUAUCCUUACACUCACUAGCAAAAUUCAUGACUCUCGUUCGUGAAACGAGCUCGUGAAAUUUCCUCUGUAUACGCCCUGUAUGAAAAGUGUGCGUUUGUGCCUGAGUGCGGAGCGUGUGCUUAGACACUUUCAAAAACGACGUUUCAACCGUCGAAGAAAGAAAUCAUAAAUUGUAAAUCCUACAAAGCUUCGGAGGGUGUCGCCAAUAAAAUGUUAGAUAAGGAGGAAUA